GGACGGAGGGUUUGGAUGGAUCGAGACUGUCAGGAAUGGAAGCGCACAGCAGACGGGGUUUCAUCGCACUGGCGAUUUUGGUGCUCACAGCUUCUCUUGCGCUGUGUGAAGAGGGUUCCACUGACCUAGUGGCCUUGCCUUCUACAGAAGAAUCCGUUCCGAGAGAAAAAUGCAGUAAAGACGGACACAUCUGCAACAACUGUACCAGCGCACCGUUUUGCGUCUCCCUUCCGAACGGGGAUUUCCUAAAUGCCGGUGAUUAUAACUGCGAGGAUCAAGAUUCCGCCAAGCCGUACUGCAGUGCUGGGGUGUGCGGAGCAGAGCCUUCCUCAGGAUGCGAACCAGAGUUACAGAAGCCCACCCUGUUCCACUGCACCGUCGACGGGUACGUUCCUGACCCGGACGACUGUCACAAGUUCCACUUCUGUGUCAAGAAUCAAGCCACCACGUACCCUUGCUCCGCUAAUUACGUCUAUAGCCACGAGAAGAAGUCGUGCGUCCGACAGAGGACCAGCGCGGACUGCGCGGUCAUCAAGUGUAAAUACGCAGUUCCGUUUGAGUACGUCGUCUACCCCAAGGAUCCCAGCGUUUAUGGCCUUUGCGUACGUAACAAGACGACUUUGGUGUUCAGAUGCAGGGAUGGAGAGCAGUUUGAUAUCAAGACAAAGGAAUGCAGCUUUGUGUGUAAGAAGGAAGGUCUAUUCCCAGUUGAGGGCGACGAUAAGAAGUACCACGAAUGUGUUUUAAUCAGCUCGAAUAAAUUUGAAGUCUUUGAGAGGGAAUGUCCACCUGGCAGUAAGUUUGAUUCUGACAAACAGCGUUGCGAAAUUGAGUAAUAAAAUAUGUGGGAAGAAAAACUUCUCUUCUGGGCAGAAUUAUUUAGACAUUUAUAUCAGGAACACUGUUCUCCGUUUCUCUGUUUCUACAGCCCCAAAAGUUUCAUAUUUUCCUUUAUUAAUUAGUGUCUUAGAAGGGAAGUUUCGCCCAAAGUGACGAAGUUUUAGACACACUCGCAGCUUUCCAAUUUUGAAUUGCCUUGCCGGAUAAUUUUCUGUGCAUAUCAUAAACUGUCAUUAUAGCAGAUGAGGUAUAUAAAUGUUUUACUGUUUUUGUGUUACGUAUUAAAAGCGUUAGUCCAAUCGGUAUUUGUAUUUUUUAAAGUAGCUUACGUCUUCAGAACUGCGUUGAGUUAUGCUUCUUUAAACUCUCACCUACACAGAAUUACCACAGUCACCAUCUUAAAUAGAACAGACAGAGUUAGAAUUCAUAAUCUGCCUUACCUGUCACACCGUGUCGUUCCUACCGGGCGGAUGAAAUUCGACGGAUUAUUUUAAAGCCGAUUAGAGUCUUGCAUGCAUUAUGAAAGUCUAAAAAAAUCGUGUGACGUAGGUAAGAGACCAUGCGGUGUACAGCCAAUGCAAUUAUACUCCUUGUGUUUAAUGUGUUCCAGUGUUGGGAUCUUGAUGUCUGAGGGAUGUCGUUUUAUGUUUAGCGUUAGAGGUGUUUGAUAGAAUUUAAUAAAGAUUUAAUGUGUACACAUUUCAA